GUUACCCAAUUGACAUUCCUAAAACAAAGCAUUUAUUACGUCUCAACAAAAUGAAUAACAUCCUAUUCUCGAUUUACCGUUACUAGGGUUACUGGGGUGAAGAAUCGCUGAAGAAUCUUGCUGUGGGAGUUCCAAGCGUAAUGUGAAAGAUUGGAUCUUGUUGCUUUUCUCAUAAAAAUGCCGCCAAUAGUGACUUCGAAAAAAUAUUAUGAAACUGCUGGGUUUAGGAAUGUUCUUCCUUCACAGUCCAGUGCUGCUUCUGUUGUCACUGGGCAAAAAUAUAAAUGGUCUGGUAAUGGAAAGAUCUCGAGCAGUUCGGAUGGUGGAAAGCAUGGGAAGGCUAUUGCUGCUAUCCCGCUGAGAAGUUUACCGUCUUAUGAUGUGAAACAAAAACCGGAAAAGUCAGUCUUGUCACAUGACAAAGAAUAUGAUGAAGGACGGAAAGAAGGCAAGACCUCUGGUGAUAUGAAUCACGAGAAAGAGGAUUUGUGGACGCUUGGGAUGGAUGAGCUGGGAGCAGUAAUUGCUGAUGCAAAGGAGUUUGUGAGUCUGUUGGAUUCUUCUUAUUCUAUGCUUAACACAUUUCUUGAUGCGAUCAACGUUCUCAAAGACUCGGGAGAAUCCAAGGGUCAACAUCCCUCUUUGAACUCCGAUGCCUUAACUCGAUGCACUUCUAUUGACCAAAGUCUUUCUAGGAAAAGGCUAAAAGUUAGCAGUGGGGUCGCUUUGGUUGUUCAAGAGGAAAAUGCUUGUGGAGCUGAAACCAUGCCGGAAGAUGAAGAUGCUCGUGGAACUGAAACCAUGCUGGAAGAUAAAGAUGCUCGUGGAACUGAAACCAUGCCGGAAGAUAAAGAUGCUCGUGGAACUGAAACCAUGUCGGAAGAUAAAGAUGCUCGUGAAACUGAAACCAUGUCGGAAGAUAAAGAUGCUCGUGGAACUGAAACCAUGUCGGAAGAUGAAGAUGAAGUUAGGAUUUCAUCACCUGCUGUUCAAGAGGAAAAUGCUUGUGGAACUGAAACCAUGUUGGAAGAUGAAGAUGCUCGUGGAACUGAAAACAUGUCGAAAGAUAAAGAUGCUCGUGGAACUGAAACCAUGUCAGAAGAUGAAGAUGAAGUUAGGAUUUCAUCACCUGCUGUUCAAGAGGAAAAUGCUUGUGGAACUGAAACCAUGCCGGAAGAUGAAGAUGCUCGUGGAACUGAAAUCAUGUCGAAAGAUGAAGAUGAAGUUAGGAUUUCAUCACCUGCUGUUCAAGAGGAAAAUGCUUGUGGAACUAAAACCAUGUCAGAAGAUGAAGAUGCGCGUGGAACUGAAACCAUGUCGGAAGAUGAAGAUGAAGAUGAAGUUAGGAUUUUAUCACCUGUUCAAGAGGAAAAUGCUUGUGGAACUGAAACUAUGUCGGAAGAUGAAGAUGAAAUUACGAUUUUAACACCAGCAGAGUGGAAAGUGUCCCAGCUAAGUGUCAAUAAAAAGAAUGAAUGUGUCAAACCUCACGGAACUGUUGAUGUUGAUGAUUAUGCAGAUCAGGUUUCUGUUGCCACAAAAGCUGACCAACCUGUUGAAAGCUUUCCUAAUCGUGAGCUAAACCGCCAGCAUGACUAUUUCACUGAUUCUGGUGAAUGUUCCCGUGAGUCUGAAGGGGAGAGAUGUGAUGAUGCAUCGACGAAGAUGUUCCCUGAAGAUGAUGGAGCUAGUGGCACGUAUUCCUUGAAAUGUACAGACGAACAUGAAUACGCUGAGAAUCACAAGCGCUUGAUUAAUUUCGAGAUUGUACCGUGUGACCAUCCCAAGGGACGUAAGGUGAUGGAGGCUCUAAAACUAUUCAAAGAGGAAUAUGAUAAAGUCUCUCAACAUCAUGAGAGUGAGCCUGGAGUAGGAAAAACCACGAAAGGGCCACACUAUGUUGCAGCGGAAAAUGUGAGGUUGAAGGGAAUGGAUUUUUCCCCUGACAAGCCAUUUGGCCAUAUACCUGGUAUUGAGAUUGGUCAUGAAUUCUCAUUUAGGACAGAACUUGCUAUUGCUGGUCUCAAUAACCAAACUUUUAAAGGCAUUGACUGUGUGAAUGUCGAUUGUACAAUGUGUGCAACUAGUGUUGUGGAUUCGGGGCGAUAUGAGAACAAGGCUAAAGAACAUGAUAUUCUGAUAUACUCCGGUGAAGGUGGGAAUUCAAAUGUAUUUGCCAAUAGUUCGUCAGAUCAAAAGCUCGUGAGAGGAAAUCUUGCAUUGGUUAAUAGCAUGAAAAAGGAGUUUCCGGUUCGAGUCAUCCACAAGAGAACCGGUCCUACAAAAUUUAAACAGUUAGGUGCUAUGCCCUAUGUGUACGUGUAUGAUGGGCUGUAUAAGGUAAACAAAUAUUGGCAAGAGAGAGACAAUCAAAGUUGUAAAUUGGUGUACAAAUUUGAAUUGCAAAGGCUGCCAGGUCAACCGAGGAUUGGUGUCAUCCCGGAUGAACGUGAAUCCUUACCAGGGCGACGAAGGAAUCAUGGUACUGAUGCGACAGGGAGAAAGCCAGUUAAGGAAGUUUGUGUGGUAGAUGAUAUCUCACUAGAGAAAGAGAAAUUUAAAGUUCGCGCAAUGAAUGGGGUGGAUGAUGAGCAUCCGCCACCUUUCACUUACACGAUCAAGAAUGUGUAUCCACAUUUAUAUUGGCUCGAGGAGCCUGCUGGUUGUGAUUGUGUCGAUGGGUGCUCGGACUCUGUACAAUGCCCUUGUAUCAAGAAGAACGGAGGUGAGAUUCCGUAUAAUGAAAAUGGGCAACUUUUGAAAUCAAUGACUAACGGUGUAAUUCAUGAGUGCGGACCUUCAUGCAAAUGCCCUCCUUCUUGCAUGAAUCGAGUAAGUCAGGGUGGUACUCAUCCCGAGUUGGAGAUUUUUAAGACCAAAUCGAUGGGCUGGGGAGUGAGGUCCCGGAAUCAUAUUUUGCCUGGAAGUUUCAUAUGUGAAUAUGUUGGAGAGAUAUUGAGCGAGACCGAAGCCAAUCAGAAAAUUGGCAAGGAUGAAUAUCUGUUCGAUAUGUGCCAUGGGAAAUCGCAGGAUGAUGAUUAUGCUCUUGAUGCUGCCAGCUACGGCAAUAUUGGUAGAUUUAUUAACCACAGCUGCGACCCCAACGUCUUCACCCAAAAGGUAUUCUACGAUCACGAAGACAAGAAAAUGCCCCAUAUUAUGUUUUUUGCUGGUAAGAAGAUACCUGCUCGGCACGAACUAAUGAAUGAUUAUAAUUAUGCAAACGUUAUUGAUGCUCAUGGAAAACUUAAGAGUAAGGCUUGCCACUGUGGUUCUCGGAAAUGUAAGGGCAAGCUCUACUAGCCACACUAUUUGUUACUCCAAUAACUUGACUUUGCUUUGUCAUUGUUUUCAUUUAUGUUGUGUUAUAAAUGAAAAAAAGUGAUAUCAUUGUUGAGGCAAA